AUGGAUCCACAAGACUUGUCGGAGGAAAAAAAUAUUGCUGAUGCAUUAAUCAAUUUAGAUACCAUACCACUUGACUUACAACCACCAGCUUCAUCAUCAGCGUCAUCGCCCAUGACAUCCACAAGAAGCAAAUUAGAAACCCCCAAAUCAGUAGACACCAACACAUCCUUAAACCCUCGUCAGAAAAGGGCGUCUUUGGCUUGUAUAAGAUGCCGAACACGUCAUAUUCGAUGUCCUGGAGGUGAUCCUUGUAGGAAAUGUCAAUUGGCAAAAUCGAAAUGUGAAUAUGUUGAAGCCGACAAAAAAAUUGUUGUAUCGAUGAAGUAUCUUUCCAAACUACAUGAUGAAAUAGCAAGAUUGAAAAAAGAUAAUGCUGGAUUAAGAAAUAAUUUAAAAGAACAAGAAUUGAAGCAAAUUGACUCACCACAGGGAAAACCUCAAUUUGCAAAUGCAUCCUCUAUCAACCGGGUUCCUCCAUUAUCCAUGGGUCCAAAUAUAAUGGGAACACUACAAUCGCAAACAUCUCAAACAAUACCCUCAUCCUUCGUACAACCACCACCAGCAAAUGGGGAAGUGAUUCAUCCGUCAUUAGAUAAAUAUGGAAGAUUGAUUCAAUCACGUACAGGUGAAAAAGUAUAUGUUGGGUCAUCAUCUAUGACGUUGUUUGGAUUGGAAAUUCAGAAUAUGGUCCCAUCGUUUGUUUCAAGCUCACUUCUACUGAACACAAGUUCGUCUACUACCCCAGCCCCAUCUCCCAAUAGCAGCGAUCAGACACUUCCCCCGCUACCAACACAACAGCAACAUCAAUUACCAAACAGUUUAUCACCAAAACAGGAACACUACCAGAGCAAACGAGAAUCCAAGAUCUUAGAGAAAGAGGGAAAUGCCUAUAAAAUUACUUUAUCCAAAACCAAAACAAGACCGGGAUUAUCGAUUAAUUUUGAACUACCGUCGUAUUCUUAUGCCAUGUUAUUGGUCGAUACAUUUAUCAAUUACAAUGACGGAUGCUUUUAUUUCUUUAAUGAAGGGUUGAUCAAACGAUUUCUAAUGAAUUUGUAUUCCGGUAAGGCCGCUGAAAACAAACGAAUAUUACGACGCAACACCCAUCCAACGAAAAGCCCUGACCAGGAUGAAAACACUAUCAAAAAGGAUACUGACGAUGAGACAAUUUUAGAAACCAUUUGGUUUUGCAAAAUAUUGCUUAUAUUUGCCAUUGGGGAAAUGUACUUGGGGACAGAAUCCAGCACACAUGCCCGGAGACAAAAAUUGGAGAAUAUGAAGCGUAGUAAAGAAAAGCGGGAGAAGCAUGCAUUGCCUGGCUCGGCAUUUUUCUAUCAAGCUUCAGAGUUAUUUACUGGUCUUUUUGCUUCGGGAGCGAUCGAUAAUAUCACUAAAGAUGGUGGUAUAGAAGUCAUGCUUUUGUAUGCAUUUUAUUUGCAAGUGGCUGAUUGUACAAUAGCGUCUUACUUUUAUUUUGGGUUAGCUUUGAGAGCAGCACUAAUUUUGGGUUGGCAUGUCGAUGCAGAUAAAGAAAACUUGAACCGGUUUGAAUUGGAGCAUAGAAGAAGGAUAUGGUGGACGGUGUACAUGUAUGAAAGAAUGCUUUCAUCAAAAGCCGGGUUACCCUUGAGUUUUGCUGAUGACUCAGUAUCAACCGAACUACCAAUUGAUUUUAAAAUUGAUUUGACAGAUUUCCCCAGAGAUGAACUCGACGUUAGAGGGUAUUAUAUUUUCCCACCAGCAGAUUAUAUUAACAAUUGUGUUACCAUUACCCAAAUCAAUGCCGUUAUUUUGUCAUCGUUGUAUACCAAACAACCGUCUUUCAAUAUUUUGCCGGUGGUCACUGAUUUGGUUCAAAGAUUAAUGGCAUGGAAAACAUCUUUACCUAAAUAUCUUGAUGUUGACUAUUCGGUUGACAGUCCCAAAGUAUCACGAUUAGUAACAAACUUAAUGACAGAAUAUUUCCAAGGGAUUAAUUUAGCAGUGCGUCCCUUAUUAUUUCAUUUUGCAACUAAGAAAUUGAAAGAAUUGCAAAUACAAAAUACCCAAAAUAAAUAUAUCGAUUUGACAAAAUAUUCAAAGAAUGUUCUAACAUUAUUAAAUGCAUCAUUCCAAGCAUCGAUAAACACCAUCAAAAGUAUAUGGUCGCUUCUUCAGGACAAUAUGGUGGCAUUGUUUGGAUGGAUGGAUAGAGAGUAUUUAUUUACUUCUGCUUCAACGUUAAUCUUGUUCAACGCAUCUUUUGGUGUUCAUGAAGCCACAAGAGAUCAUUUGGACCAUGCAUUAAUUUUAUUCACGAAAAUGAAAAGAUUGGGCAAUUAUCCUGCUGCUCUUAGACGUGCACAGUUGUUGAAAUUAAUUAAUGUUUUGGACUUCAAUGGAGUCAUGGCAGAAUUAUUAGAAAAACACGAUGAUGACAACAACAGCAGCGGCAGCAGCAGCAAAACAAUGUCCGCAUCUGCAACUGAAAGUACCACCGACAAUAAUGUGGGGCCAUUUUUAAACCCACCACCUAUUAGACCAAGCGAUUUGGACUUUUUGCAAUUUACCAAUGUUCAAGGAAACGAAGGAACUGAUGGUAUGGACGGUGUUUCGAAUGCUGGAGUUGGAGUUGGGGUUGGUACUGGUGAUGUUUAUGCCAACCAAGAUUUGACUGGUAUUGAAGGUCUCACUUAUCUAGACGCCGAGCAAAAGUUAUGGAGUGAUAUUACAAAUGAAGCUGGUUGGUUAAAUAUGCAUUCUACUGAAAAGGAUACUAAUGUAACGGAAAGGGAUCCAUUGGAUGAAGGCUUUAUAUUUAACACUCUAUCACCUGAUCUUGGUUCUAGUGUCCAUUCAGGAUAUUCGAAUUUGAUAAACCAUGAAUUUCAAGAUUUCAUGGAUCAGUCUUAA